GGACCACCGCCGGCCAUAUUUCCGCUAAUAACAACCCUAGCUAGCCAACCCAAUGAUUGUUUUGUGCUAGCAACUGUGCUUCGGUGCACUUUGGAAACCAUCAUGGAGGAGUGUGAUGAAAAGAACAUUUAAUUUACUGAUAAGUAUUCAAUAAUCUCUGGUAAUAAAAGCGAAACAGAACAAAAAUAACCCAAAAACCCUCCGAUCGGCCAGCGUACUGCGAUAGCCACUUGCUUUGCUCCUUUAGCAUGUAGCCUGCUUAUGAAUUGUGGUCGGCUGUCAUUAACAUCUUUAGAAUAAUUAGUGUGUUCCCAAUAGGUUUACAGACAAGUAAAUGUAAACUCUGGUGUAAUCAUGUUUCAAGCGAUCAUUUCCUGACCGGUAAGCUUUGAAAAGAUUUUCGUCGCGUGAGUAAUGUAUAAUACAUAAUUAUUAAUGUGUCUCAUUAGAUAUACUUCAUUUGAUAUGUUUUCCCCACCAUCCUUGCAGUUUAGCAUUCACCACAGGCCUACAAGAUGAAGAUGUUCUCAGUGGCUCACAAGACUGUCUUUGUGGUGGACCACUGUCCCUACAUGGCUGAGUCCAGUCGCCAGCAGGUGGAGUGUGAUGUGCUGACCAAGAGCCGAGGCCAAGGAGUCAUCCCUUUGGCCCCAGUGUCCAAAUCCCUGUGGACGUGCGCCGUGGAGUGCUCUAUGGAGUACUGCCGCAUCCUGUAUGACAUUUAUCCACUGGACAAACUGAUUAAUUACAUUGUGAGUGACUCAGAGUUCCACCUCUUGAAUAGCUGGAAACGUGAUUACCAAAGCACUCAUGAGCUCAUGUCAUCUCUGGCCGCGGUGGGGCCACCCAACCCGCGCGAAGACCCCGAGUGCUGCAGCAUCCUGCACGGGCUGGUGGCGGCGGUGGAGUCGCUGUGCAAGAUCACCGAACUGCAGCACGAGAAGCGCAUCGCCCUGAUGGACACGGCCGAGAGGGUCGCCAACAGGGGUCGUAUUAUCUGUCUAACGAAUGCUAAGAGUGACACUCACGUGCGCAUGUUGGAAGACUGCAUUCAGGAGACCAUCUUGGAGCAAAACAAGCUAGCAGCAGGAUCAGACAGGCUGAUGGGCAUCCAGCAGUGUGAGCUGGUCCUCAUUCACAUUUACCCCCAGGGGGAUGACACGCUGGUGUCGGACCGGGCCAAGAAAGAGGUGUCGCCUCUGCUGACCAGCGAGGUCCACAGCGUCCGCGCAGGAAGACACUUGGCCACCAAGCUCAACAUUCUGGUGCAGCAGCACUUCGACUUGGCCUCCACCACCAUCACUAACAUCCCCAUGAAGGAAGAGCAGCACGCCAACACGUCGGCCAAUUACGACGUGGAGCUCCUGCAUCACAAGGACGCCCACAUGGAGUUCUUUAAAAGUGGAGACUUGCAUAUGGCCGGCACCAGCACGCGGGAAAAUGGACUCAAAGAAACGGUCACAUUGAAAUGGUGCACGCCGCGGACCAUCUCCAUAGAACUGCAUUAUUGCACGGGAGCUUAUCGCAUCUCCCCCACUGACGUCAACAGUCGUCCUUCGUCAUGUCUGACCAACUUUCUCCUCAAUGGUCGAUCGGUGCUCCUGGAGCAGCCGAGGAAGUCGGGGUCAAAGGUCAUCAGCCACAUGCUCAGCUGCCACGGAGGAGAGAUCUUCCUGCACGUGCUCAAUAACAACCGUUCCAUGCUGGAGGACCCGCCCUCCAUCAGUGAGGGCUGUGGCGGCCGAGUGACAGACUAUCGCAUCACUGACUUUGGCGAGUUCAUGAAGGAAAACCGCCUGACUCCCGUUUCCGAGGCCUCCCAUCAUCCGGCGGCGAAGCUGCCAGCGGAGCGGGCCAAAGCUCAGCUUGAACGCCACACGCGUUACUGGCCCAUGAUCAUCUCCCAGACCACCAUUUUCAACAUGCAGGCAGUGGUUCCUCUGGCUAACCUGAUCGUGAAAGAGGCUCUGACUGAGGAGGACGUUCUCACCUGCCAGAAGACCGUCUACAACCUGGUGGACAUGGAGAGGAAAAACGACCCGCUUCCUAUCUCCACUGUGGGUUCCAGAGGCAAAGGCCCCAAGAGAGACGAGCAGUACCGUAUAAUGUGGAACGAGCUGGAGACUUUAGUGAAAACCCACGCCGGGGCCACCGACAGGCACCAGAGGGUCCUGGAAUGCAUCGUCGCCUGCCGCAGUAAACCUCCCGAGGAAGAGGAGAGGAAGAAGCGAGGAAGGAAGAGGGAGGACAGGGAAGACCGGGCAGAGAAAAACGUGGCCAAGGAUGUCGAGGACAAAAGCUGGAAGGACUCAGAAAGGGUGAAAAGUGUGCCGGAUAAAGAGGAUCAGGAGUCGGAAGUCAUCAAGGAUUCACCGGACUCACCAGAGCCCCUCAUCAAGAAACCCCGCCUGGCCACUGACGAGGUUGAAGCACCAGAGGGCGCAAAAGGUCCCGUCUCGCUCCUCUCUCUGUGGACCAAUCGGAUCACUGCCAAGUCCAGGAAGCGCCGGGAGUUAAUAGGCAGAGCGCGCUCAGUCAACAGCAAGUUCGAGCUGUACCAGCACCUCAAAGAUGAAAACGGAAUGGACAUUCAUGAAAAUGGCAAGGCGUCCAGAUGAUACUUUUCCAACAAGCAGCGGUGCCUCUGUAUGUUUUAAAUUUGGCUGUCAGUCACGCCCUAAAAGCACGACUUGCCAGUGAAAUGAAAGGAAGAAUUUACAUUUUUUUUAACCAUUUUUGUAAAUAUGCCAUUCUUGAAUUGUAUAUUGCAAUAAAAGCACACAAAAGAGAACGCUGGAAUACAUUAA